AUGGGCGGCGAGCUUGCCGGCCGCUUCAGGUCGGGCGUCCUCGAGCCCCUGGAGGAGCAUUUCACGGAGAUUCUGAUAUGGUCGCUGCAAUGCUACGACGCGCAGGUCCGGAGGCGCCUUGUCCCGCUCCUUCGCCGCCACAGGAUGGCGCUGCUCACGGCGCCGGCAGUGGCCGCGCUGCUGCUCCUCUUCUGGUCCGCGGCGUACGGUGAGGCCCAGGGCGUGCCGCCGUACAAGGACCCCAAGAACGACGUGGAGGUCCGCGUCAGGGACCUGCUCGCCCGGAUGACGCUGGCCGAGAAGAUCGGCCAGAUGACGCAGAUCGAGCGGCUCGUCGCGUCGCCGCAGGUGCUCAAGGACUACUACAUCGGCAGCCUGCUCAGCGGCGGCGGGAGCGUGCCGCGGAAGCAGGCGACGGCGGCGGAGUGGGUGGCCAUGAUCAGCGACUUCCAGAAGGCGUGCCUGUCCACGCGCCUCGGCAUCCCGAUGAUCUACGGCAUCGACGCCGUCCACGGCCACAACAACGUGGAUCCUAAUCUAGUGAAGAGGAUCGGCGCCGCGACCGCGCUUGAAGUGAGAGCCACCGGCAUCCAGUACGCGUUUGCGCCAUGCAUUGCUGUGUGCCGUGAUCCGAGGUGGGGUCGGUGCUACGAGAGCUACAGCGAGGACCACCGUAUCGUGCAGUCCAUGACUGAGCUCAUCCCGGGCCUGCAGGGCGACGUCCCGCAGAACUUCACCAGCGGCAAGCCCUACGUCGCCGGAAAGAACAAGGUGGCGGCGUGCGCCAAGCACUUCGUCGGCGACGGUGGAACGCAGAACGGCAUCAACGAGAACAACACCAUCAUCAACCGUGAGGGGCUGAUGAACAUCCACAUGCCGGCCUACCUGGACGCUCUCGAGAAGGGCGUCUCCACGGUCAUGAUCUCCUACUCCAGCUGGAACGGGUUCAAGAUGCACGCCGACCACGACCUCAUCACAGACCACCUCAAGGGCAGGCUCAACUUCACGGGCUUUACGAUAUCAGAUUGGGAGGGCAUUGACAGGAUCACCAGCCCUUCAGGGGCGAACUACUCCUACUCUGUGCAGGCUUCAAUUCUUGCUGGCAUUGACAUGAUCAUGGUGCCCAACAACUACCAAAGCUUCAUCACCAUCCUCACCGGUCACGUCAACAGCGGCCUGAUCCCGAUGAGCAGGAUCGACGACGCUGUGACGAGGAUUCUGCGCGUCAAGUUCACCAUGGGCCUGUUCGAGAACCCCAUGCCCGAUCCUAGCCUCGCCGACCAGCUGGGGAAGCAGGAGCACAGAGACCUGGCGAGGGAGGCGGUGAGGAAGUCGCUGGUGCUCCUCAAGAACGGCAAGCCGGGCGACGCGCCGCUGCUGCCCCUGCCCAAGAAGGCCGCCAAGAUCCUGGUCGCCGGGAGCCACGCCGACAACCUGGGGUACCAGUGCGGCGGGUGGACGAUCGAGUGGCAGGGCGACACGGGGCGCAUCACCGUCGGCACCACGAUCCUGGACGCCGUGAAGGCGGCCGUGGACCCGUCGACGACGGUGGUGUUCGCGGAGAACCCCGACGCCGACUUCGUCAAGAACGGCGGCUUCUCGUACGCUAUCGUGGCCGUGGGCGAGCACCCGUACACGGAGACCAAGGGCGACAGCAUGAACCUGACGAUCCCGGACCCCGGGCCGAGCACCGUCCAGACGGUGUGCGGCACCGUGCGGUGCGCGACCGUGCUCAUCAGCGGCCGCCCCGUGGUGAUACAGCCGUUCCUGGGCGCCAUGGACGCGCUCGUGGCGGUCUGGCUGCCGGGAACGGAAGGCCAGGGCAUCACCGACGUGCUGUUCGGGGACUACGGAUUCACGGGGAAGCUGCCGCGGACGUGGUUCAAGUCGGUGGACCAGCUGCCGAUGAACUACGGCGACAAGAACUACGACCCGCUGUUCCCGCUCUCGGGUUCGGGCUAG